CUUUCUGCUUCUCGGACGUUUGCGCUUGACAUUCCCAGCUGCACAUCCAACCGGGGAUUAACUUUUUUAGGGUUUCUUUCCUUUGCAUGUUUUCCAGCUCUACCGGGAUGCAUUUAUACUUCAACUGUGGGUGAAGCGCGUGCCUACACCCGCUUUAUAUCAGGAAGAGUUUGUAAGAAAAGUGUCCGGGCUUCUCAAGAUCAGACUGAAGCAUCCAGACUCCUGCGUGCUGUAAAUAGCAAAGAUGUCUGAUUCAGCAUCCAGUUUUCUGCAUAUAGGGGAUAUUGUCUCCCUGUAUGCAGAAGGAACUGUCAAUGGUUUUAUAAGCACACUGGGGCUGGUGGAUGAUCGUUGUGUCGUGGAGCCAGCAGGUGGAGAUCUAGACAACCCUCCCAAAAAAUUCAGAGACUGCCUCUUUAAGGUUUAUCCCAUGAACCGAUAUUCUGCCCAAAAACAGUUCUGGAAGGCAAAACAGGCAAAACAUGAGAAGGAUAAGAUUGGAGACAUGGUGCUUCUUCAGAAAUUGCAACAUGCAGCUAAUUUGGAACAAAAACAGAAUGAGGCCGAGAACAAAAAGGUCCAUGGGGAUGUGGUAAAAUACGGCAGUGUCAUUCAGCUCCUGCAUAUGAAGAGCAACAAGUAUUUGACGGUGAAUAAGCGUCUCCCAGCAUUGCUGGAGAAGAACGCUAUGCGUGUCACUCUUGAUGGGACGGGGAAUGAGGGAUCCUGGCUUUUCAUCCAACCUUUCUGGAAGCUCAGAGCUAAUGGUGACAAUGUGGUAGUUGGAGAUAAGGUGAUCCUGAAUCCUGUGAAUGCUGGACAGCCUCUCCAUGCCAGUAAUUACGAGCUUCUCGAUCACCCAGGGUGCAAAGAGAUCAAUUCAGUCAACAGCAACACCAGCUGGAAGAUCAGUUUGUUUAUGAUGUUCAGUGACCAUAAAGAUGAAGUCCUUAAGGGAGGAGAUGUGGUGAGGCUUUUCCAUGCAGAACAGGAGAAGUUUCUGACCUGUGAUGAGUAUAAGUCUAUGCUGCAUGUGUUCCUGCGCACAACUCUGCGUCAGUCCGCUACUUCAGCCACCAGCUCUAAUGCAUUAUGGGAGGUUGAGGUGGUUCACCACGAUCCGUGUCGUGGAGGAGCAGGACAUUGGAACAGCCUGUACCGAUUCAAACACUUGGCCACAGGAAAAUAUCUUGCUGCUGAGGAGAACCCAGGUUAUAAAGAAAACAGCAAUGAUAUAGAGGUGGAUAGUAGCCGUAUAAAGAGAAGCCUAGGAGAGAGGAUAAAAUACAAGCUAGUUGCAGUGCCUCAUGGGAAUGACAUCGCCUCUUUGUUUGAGCUGGACCCCACCACACUGCAGAAAACUGAUUCAUUUGUGCCUCGAAAUUCUUAUGUUCGAUUCCGUCACCUGUGCACAAACACUUGGAUCCAAAGCACCAACAUUCCCAUCGACAUUGAUGAGGAGAGGCCUAUUCGAUUAAUGCUGGGCACCUGCCCCACCAAAGAGGAUAAGGAAGCCUUUGCCAUUGUCUCUGUGCCGGUCAUGGAGAUUAGAGAUCUAGAUUUUGCAAAUGAUGCCAGCCUCAUGUUGAGCACCGUAGUCGACAAGUUCAACUCCGGUUUCCUCAGUCCUAAUGACAGAAGGUAUGCCAUUAAACUCCUGGAGGAUGUGGUUUUCUUUGUUGUCGAUCAGUUAAACAAUGGCCAGCCAGCCCUGGAGGUGACCAUGAACAAGCCCAACCGUGAAAGACAGAAACUUAUGAGAGAGCAGAACAUUCUCAAGCAGAUAUUUGGGAUCAUUAAAGGCCCGUUUAAACAGAGGGGCACUGAUCCGCCUCUGCUAACGUUGGAUGAGCUGUCUGACCAGAAAUACGCCCCCUAUCAAUACAUGCUCAGACUGUGCUACAGGGUGCUGCGUCAUUCACAAGAAGACUACCGAAAGAAUCAGGAGCACAUAGCCAAGCAGUUUGGAAUGAUGCAGUCUCAGAUCGGCUAUGAUAUUUUGGCUGAGGACACCAUCACAGCCCUGUUACACAACAACCGCAAACUGCUGGAGAAACACAUCACUAAAACCGAGGUGGAGACUUUCGUCAGUCUGGUUCGUAAGAACAGGGAGCCCAGGUUUCUGGACUAUCUAUCGGACUUGUGUGUGUCCAAUAAUGUUGCGAUCCCAGUAACUCAGGAGCUGAUCUGUAAAUGUGUGCUGGAUGCCAAAAACCAGGAUAUUCUCAUGAAAACUGAGCGGCGAGCCGCUAAGGACACACAGCACACCGCUGAGUAUUUGGAAGAGUUUGGAGAGGAGGAUGAAGUUUGGCUGAUUUGGUCUGAGAAGGAGAAUGAGACCCAUGAGAAGAGCAUUCGACAGCUUGCCCAAGAGGCCCGGCAAGGGAAUGUGCAUGACGAAAAUGUGCUGACAUAUUACAGGUACCAGCUCAAACUGUUUGCACAAAUGUGUUUUGAUCGCCAGUAUCUGGCCAUAGAUGAGAUCUCAAAGCAGCUGGAUGUGGAGCUGAUUUCGCUCUGCAUGAUGGAUGAGGCUCUUCCCUUUGACCUACGGGCGUCUUUCUGUAGACUCAUGCUACAUGCACACGUCGACCGUGACCCUCAGGAGCUUGUAACACCCAUCAAGUUUGCUCGUUUGUGGACAGAGAUCCCCACUUCUAUCAGCAUCAAAGAUUAUGACUCUCACAUGGACUAUUCACGAGACAAUAAAAAGAACAAGUUUGCCAAUACGAUGGCUUUUAUGGAGGAGUACCUCAACAACGUUCUCAUUGAUGACCUACCUUUUGCCAAUGAGGAGAAAAACAAGCUUACAUAUGAGGUGGUGAGCUUGGCGAGACAUCUCAUCUACUUUGGAUUCUACAGUUUUUUUGAGCUUCUGAGGUUGACUCGCACCCUAUUGGGAAUCAUAGACUGCACUCCGAGUAAUGCUAACAUCAACCCAGUGUUUAGCGAUGAUGGCAGUGGUAAGAACGUCAGGCGCUCUAUUCAUGGCAUGGGGCAGAUGAUGUCCACCAUGGUGCUAAACAGGAAGCCAUCCCUUUUCUCGGGCUCUGGUCGCCCUGGUGCUCUAGACAGCCAGGCCGGUAGUAAAGAUAGCAUUGACACACAGGACAUCACCGUCAUGGACACCAAACUGAAGAUCCUGGAGAUAUUACAGUUCAUCCUCAGUGUACGUCUGGACUAUCGGAUUUCCUUCAUGCUCUCUGUUUUCAAGAAGGAGUUUGUGGAUGUCUAUCCUAUGGGUGAUGCUGAUGCAACGCAUCAUACGGAGCAUGAGGAGCCUCGUUCUGCUUCCAUCAACCUCCAGCACAUUGGAGAGCAGGCAGAGGCCAUGUUUGGAAUUGGUAAAGUAAACAGCAUUCUGGAGGUGGAUGAUGAAGGGGGGCGAAUGUUUCUGCGUGUUCUGGUGCACCUCAUCAUGCACGACUACCCUCCGCUGGUUUCUGGGGCCUUGCAGUUGCUCUUCAAGCACUUCAGUCAAAGACAAGAAGUCCUCCACACCUUUAAACAGGUCCAGCUUCUCAUUUCAGCUCAGGAUGUGGACAACUACAAACACAUAAAACGAGAUCUGGAUCUUCUGCGCACCAUGGUGGAGAAGUCUGAGCUUUGGGUCAUAAAAAAAAGUACCUCUGGGGGAGAUGGGAAGAAAGACAAGAAAGACAAGAAAGACAAAAAGGACAAAAAAGAGGCUGCAUCUCCAGAGGAGGAGACGGAUACAAAGAAACUGAAGGUUGAAAAGAGCAAUGAAAGCUACCAGAAUGUCAAAGAGAUUUUAGAGCGUUUGAAUAAGAUGUGCAGUUCAGGUGUAUUUAAGAAACAACAAAGGCUAUUGAAGAACAUGGGUGCCCACAAAGUUAUGCUUGACCUGUUGCAGAUCUCCUAUGAUCGGAAUGACACCAAAAUGCAGGAGAUCAUCAAGUACACGCACCUGUUCUUACAGAAGUUCUGCACAGGGAAUCUGGAGAACCAAAACCUCCUCCAUAAACACCUCAACCUCUUUCUCACACCUGGGCUCCUAGAGGCAGAAACAAUGCAGUACAUUUUCAGUAAUAAUUUCCAGCUCUGUUCUGAGAUCAGUGAGUCUGUGCUGCAUCAUUUUAUCCAUUGCCUGGCCACACAUGGCCGCCACAUUCAGUACCUCAACUUUCUGCACACCAUCAUUAAGGCCGAGGGGAAAUAUGUCAAGAAAUGUCAAGACAUGAUCAUGACAGAGGUUUGUGUGGGUGAUGAAGUGGUCGUCUUCUAUAAUGAUGACACAUCAUUUGACACCAUGGUGGAACUGAUGACACAGUCAAGGGAAGGGGUGAAGGACGACAGCCCUCUGCGGUACCAUAUUUCUCUGGUAGAGCUGCUGGCUGCAUGUGCAGAGGGCAAAAACGUCUACACUGAGAUCAAGUGCACAUCUAUGCUGCCCCUGGAGGACAUGGUGAAAGUAAUCACACAUGAAGACUGUAUCACAGAGGUGAAAAUUGCAUAUGUGAACUUUGUGAACCACUGCUAUGUAGACACAGAAGUGGAGAUGAAAGAGAUCUACACCAGUAACCACAUCUGGAAGCUGUUUGACAACUUCACUGUAGAUAUGGCUAGGGUGUGCUCCAACCGUGAGAAACGCAUGUCAGACCCUGUGCUGGAGAAGUAUGUGAUUCAAGUGGUUUUAGACACUAUAAAUGCCUUCUUCAGCUCUCCCUUCUCAGAGAACAGCACCAGCACAGAGGCUCAUCAUACCAUUGUUAAGCAGGUGCUGCAGUCUUCUAUGCGUCUGUUAGAUUGUCCCUGGCUACAGCCACAACAAAAAGUCCAAGUAGAGUCCUGCAUCCGAACUCUUGCAGUGACAACAAAGAGUCGCUCCAUCCCUCUGCCGUUAGAGUUGGAGGAUCAUGUCAGUAUGAUGUUGAGUCACAGUAAUGCCCUCACACUGUCUCGGUCCAGCCACAGCAUCAAAAGCCUGUCACGCCUCACACGGCCUGCUGCUCCCACCAACCCCUGGGACUACAAAAACAUCAUUGAGAAACUACAGGAUAUCAUUAACACACUGGAGGAGCGCGUGAUGCCGUUGGUUAAUGCAGAGCUGUCAGUGCUGGUGGAUGUGCUGCACCAGCCUGAGCUGUUGUUCUUGGAAGGCACGGAUGCUCGAUCACGCUGUGAAUCAGGAGGCUUCAUAUCUAAAUUGAUUCAGCACACAAAGGCUCUCAUGAAUUCAGAUGAGAAGCUCUGCAUCAAAGUGCUCAGAACUCUACAGGAAAUGCUCAUUCGUGAACUGGACUUUGAUGAGAAGGGCUUUGCCUUAAGAAAGGUAUUGCUCCAAAACUACCUCUACAACAACAAAAAGAACAUAAAAGCAGAGCUUGUUGAACAUGGAGGAGGUAAUUUUUAAAUUACUGAUGAAAUUGUUGUUGUGGAUUUGGAGUGUGGUAUUGGCUGGGAGUUUGGGAAUUAAAUUUUCGUAUGGAUAAUGAAGGUGGCUAAGAACGAGAAGAUCUUUCAGGAGAGCAUUCAGCUCGCCAUCUGUCUGCUGGAAGGAGGCAACACGGAGAUCCAGAACUCCUUCUACAAACUCAUGAUGGGAGACAACAAAUCAGAGAAGUUUUUUAAAGUGCUAAAUGACCGCAUGAAGAACGCACAGCUGGACGUCAAAUCCACAAUCUCUGUCAAUGUGGGGGAAAUGACCAAUAAAGCCAAAGAUGAGAAAGAUCUAGACACAGGUGCAGGGCCUUCCUUUGGCCAACCUGAGCAGCCACCUCAACCUGAGCAGCAGGAACUAGAUACAGAAAUGGGCCCCUCUGUCACCAUCAUGAAACCCAUUCUGCGCUUUUUACAGCUGCUUUGUGAGAACCACAAUCAGGAUCUUCAGAAUUUUCUUCGCUGUCAGAGCAAUAAAGCAAAUUAUAACCUGGUUUGUGAGACGCUCCAGUUUCUGGACAUCAUGUGCGGCAGCACGACAGGAGGGCUUGGUCUGCUGGGCCUUUACAUCAAUGAGAACAACGUGGAGCUGAUCACACAGACCCUGGAGACCCUCACAGAGUACUGCCAAGGACCAUGCCAAGAGAACCAGACAUGCAUUGUCUCUCAUGAGUGCAAUGGUAUUGACAUAAUCACAGCCUUGAUUCUGAAUGACAUCAGUCCUCUCUGUCGUUACCGUAUGGAGCUGGUGCUGCAGCUCAAGGACAACGCCUCUAAGCUCUUGCUCGCUUUGAUGGAGAGUCGUCAUGACAGUGAGAACGCAGAGAGGAUUCUGUUUAACCUUCGACCCCGGGAACUGGUGGAGGUGAUAAAAAAGGCUUACCAGCAAGAGACUGAAAAUGAGGAGGGGGAAGUUUCACCACGGGAAGUUGGACACAACAUCUACAUCCUGGCAUUACAGGUGGAAUAUAGAUAUUCUUUUUUACCUUUUUUCCUGCUUAAACCACAAAAGAAAACAAUAGAGGAAGGAGAGGAAAGCAUCUCUUCUAUGCUCAACUUGAACAAACAGCAGGAGGAGCAACAGGAGGAUCCAUUAGAGUACUAUGACCGUCAAACGGCUCAGAUUGAGAUUGUGCGGGAGGACCGUAGCAUGGAGCAAAUAGUGUUUCCUGUUCACCCCAUCUGUGAGUUCCUAAUGGAGGAGUCAAAGUUCCGUGUGUUUACCACCACAGAGCAGGACGAGCAGGGCAGCAAGGUCACACACUUCUUUGAUCAGACAUCUUUCCUGCACAAUGAAAUGGAAUGGCAGAAAAAACUUCGAAGCAUGCCGGUCCUGUACUGGUUCUCUCGUCGAAUGUCUCUCUGGGGUACCAUAUCAUUCAAUCUGGCUGUGUUUGUCAAUCUAAUCAUCGCUUUGUUCUACCCACAUGACUCUGGUCGUCCUGGUAGCAUAGACACUUCGUUGCUGCUUAUGCUGUUCUGGUGCUUUGCUGGACUGGCUGUUUUGGGCCUGUUAUCAAAGCGCUAUGGGUUCCAAUCCCUCACUGUCGCCAUCACCCUGCGCUGCAUCUAUCACUUUGGCAUCGGGCCAACACUCAUCCUGCUGGGGGCUCUCAAUCUGAUCAAUAAGAUAGUGUUUGUGGUGAGCUUUGUGGGGAACAACGGCACCUUCAUCAUGGGCUAUAAAGCCAUGGUGAUGGAUGUGGAGUUCCUGUACCAUUUGGCCUAUGUGUUGACCAGCACGCUGGGGCUUUUUGUCCACGAGCUCUUCUACAGCAUACUGCUGUUUGAUCUGAUCUACCGCGAGGAGACACUCUUUAAUGUCAUCAAGAGUGUGACACGUAACGGCCGCUCUAUUCUCCUCACUGCUGUCUUGGCCAUCAUCCUGGUCUACCUGUUCUCCAUCGUGGGCUUUCUCUUCCUCAGGAAUGACUUCAUUAUGGAAGUCGACCGGCUUGCUAGCCUAGAUACAGCAGAUACAGAUAACUCUAUGAGCAGCUGCAGUGCUGAUGGAGUGGAGUGCACAGAGGAAACUGGGUUGGUUGCACCAUCAGAAGAAGAAGAGGACAACACAGAGAGAGCAUGUGACACUCUUCUAAUGUGUAUCGUUACGGUGCUGAAUCAUGGGCUGAGGAACGGAGGAGGUGUGGGAGAUGUACUGCGCAGACCCUCUAAGAAUGAGCCUUUGUUCCCUGCUCGUGUGGUGUAUGACCUUGUCUUCUACUUCAUUGUCAUCAUCAUUGUUCUCAACUUGAUUUUUGGUGUGAUUAUUGACACCUUUGCUGACCUGCGUAGUGAAAAACAAAAGAAAGAGGAGAUACUGAAGACUACCUGUUUCAUUUGUGGUCUUGAGAGGGACAAGUUUGAUAAUAAGACUGUGUCAUUCGAGGAACACAUUAAAUUUGAGCAUAACAUCUGGCACUACCUAUAUUUCAUUGUGCUGGUACGGGAGAAAAACAAGACCGAUUACACUGGCCCAGAGAGCUACGUGGCCCAUAUGAUAAAGAAUAAGAACCUGGAUUGGUUCCCACGCAUGCAGGCCAUGUCUCUGGUUGUAACUGAGGGAGAUGGAGAACAGAAUGAGAUGAGGAACCUGCAGGAUCGUCUCACCUCCACCAUGAAAGUGGUCACACAACUCACAAGCCAGUUAACAGAGCUGAAAGAACAGAUGACCGAGCAGAGGAAGAGAAGGCAGAGGAUGGGUUUUGUGGAUGUCCAGUCUGGCUCAAACCCUGGGAUGCCUAUGCCUCCUAGUGCUGCUGGAGGAAAUCUUCAGGUCAUCAAGACCUAAUUUCUCCAGCUAACCUUGCAUUGACUUUAUAGAUGCAAUAAUGUAAUCCUGUGAUGCUGGUGUACUUCCCACUGUGGAAAAGUUGCGUUCAGUGGAUAGACGGAUUAGAUCUACACUCCCACAAAAGCACUACUGACUAAAUAGUCAUACUUUGAGGGGCCUUUGAUUACCUGAAUGGUUUUAGUAUUCACAAAUUUUUAUAUAUAUAAAGUAUGUAAUGGUUUUAUUUUUUUUGGUUAAAAUAUUUGAAAGCUUCUUUUCAAAACUCUUGUUGGAUGUAUGGAUAAAUGUAGCAUUACUGUGAUUAAAGCGGAGUGUUUUAGAUAGAUAAUGAGUAGUUGUAGGUUAAUACAGUCGGAUGGUUUGUUUUAAUGUGCACUGAUGAGAUUGCACAUGCUGUAUUUAUAGGGAUAAUCAUGAUGCCCUGGCUUGAUAAGAUUGUGAGAUGAUUGGGAUGGGAAACAUGAAGGGGAAUAUCAUGACCAGCCUUUUGAUGAACUAGGAAAUGCUAAUGUCACUAUAGAUGAAUCUGGGGAGUAUAAAUGGCAGAAUGUAUAGAAGUGUGUUUAAAGUUCAUGCAGCUUUAAUUUAAAAGUAAAAGUGCCUAAAAUGAAUCAUAAGAACAUAACUUUUGCUCAGGAAACUAACAUGUUCCUUUAUUUAUCUUAUCAUAAAAAUACACAGUCUUAAGUGAGGACAUGCUGAUCGUGGUUUUAAUAGACAUAAUGCAUGUAGAUCUAUGAAUGUGUCUAUUUAAUUAUUUAUUGUGCGACCUAAGUGUCAUUUUUUUAUGGCCACAAAAGAAUGCUGGGACAUACUUAUAUUUUGGCUUCGUUAAUAACAGCAAGUGUGUAAUUAAUCAGUACUAUUGACAUCAAGUAAUCAUCAUUUUAUUGCUAAUAUGUUGAUAUGAAGUGCCUCACCAACUUUACACAAAAUAAAACAUUUGGUUAUUUGA